AAGAUCUCAAAUCCAUCGGACCCUUCCUUACACCCCGGCUGUGUCCGAAGAAGGCGGCCGCCACUGGACGGAUGAUGAGGUGCGAGCUCUGCUGUGCGUCUGGGCAGACAGCCGAAUUCGGGAGCGCUUGAAGAGCACGCUACGCAACAAAUGCAUCUUCCAGGAGAUGGCCUUUCAGAUGCAGAGGAACUUUGGGGUGGUGCGAAACUGGAAACAGUGUCGGACUAAAUACAAGAACUUGAAGUAUGACCACAAGACGGCCAAGAGCGCUCACGCUGCAGCGGGAAGCAGCUCGGGAGGGCCAGGGAAGUACAUGAAGUUCUUCGAUGAGGUGGACGCCAUUCUGCUGGACCGCGGGUUGGAGGACGGGACGAUUGAGAUGCAGAGGAGGCUGUACAAUGGAGAGAUACGGGCAGAGAGGCUGCAGACACCGGGGUCAGAGAGCGAGCUCGUCAUUGAAAUCGAUGAUGACAGCAAUGAUUACGACAUAAACGGAGACACAGAAGCAAAGUGGAAAAGAACAGAUGCCACUCUGACACUCACAGACCAACCAGAUCAGUUCCAUGUGGUCACGGUGCCAGACACAGGCCGGAACUGGAGCGAGCAGGAGGUCCGAGCGCUGAUCCAGGUCUGGUCUGACAAGACCGUAUGCAGACAGCUGGAGAGCUCGACCAGGAAGAGAGACAUCUUCGUUCAAAUCUCCAACAGGCUGAUGCAGCAGGGCAUCGACCGCGACUGGAAACAGUGUCACACUAAGUACAAGAACCUCAAGUACCUCUACCGCUCACUCCAGAGAGGAAUGACCGACGAAACCGACCCCAGACGCAUCAUGAGGUUCUACGAUGAGGUGGACGCCAUCAUGAACCGCACAAAGAACGGCUCUCCACACGACGCAGCAGCGUCAAACAACAGAGACUCAGGCAGACUCUUGAUGCCUGAGGACUGUGGAGACGAAGAGCAUGUAGAAGUCAAACUGAACAAAAUGAACUCAGAGAGGUUUGCAGCAUCAGCAACAGAAGAUAGAACCUGCAGCUCUGGUUCUGCACCGUCUGUAAGCCUUGAUGCUCCUGCAAACAAUAAAGAACCGAGGAUCCACAUGGUCCAGGAGGGGCGGUUGGAUCUACACCACAGAUUCAUGAGCUCCUCUUAUAAUCAGACCGAGACACGCUUCUCCCCAAACAGACGGAAGAAGAGGAAAUCUGUGGAUCAAGACUCCACGCCACAUACAGCGGCGAAAAGGCUGUACACGGGGGCUGAGAGUGAUGGUAACCCAGAGGUCCCAUGUAAAGAAGAAGACGAUCACAUCCCCAUAAUAAAGAUCAAUUCAGUCCGGUCAAUGGCCUCCUCUGACUCGUCCCCAGACAGACAGGUCUGUGAUUGGCUCUCAGAGCACGUAGGGCUCUACUUCUACUUCCCUCUUGUGCUGCCUGCAUGCCUCUCGCUGCCUCUUCAUCCACCAACUCUCCAAAGUUUUGUCUUUCAGAGCUGCGGGUCGCGAAAAACCUCCAACAUGGACUCCACAUCAGAGCUGAAGAUCGGCCAAAGGCUGAAUGAGGGAAAGACGAAGCAGAUUUUCGAGCUCCCGGACCAGCCUGGACUGGUUCUGGUCCAGUCAAAAGACCAAAUCACGGCUGGGAACGCCGUGAGGAAGGACCAGAUGGAGGGAAAGGCUGCUAUCGCCAACAAGACGACGAGCUGCGUGUUCAAACUGCUGCAGGAGUCUGGCAUUAAGACGGCCUUCAAGAAGCAGCACUCGGACACGGCGUUCAUCGCUGCUCACUGUGAGAUGAUUCCCAUCGAGUGGGUCUGCCGUAGAGUUGCCACCGGAUCGUUCCUCAAGAGAAACCCUGGAGUCAAGGAGGGAUACCGCUUCUCCCCUCUGAAGAUGGAGAUGUUCUUCAAAGAUGAUGCCAACAACGACCCCCAGUGGUCGGAGGAGCAGCUGCUGGCGGCCAAGUUCUGUCUGGCCGGACUCACCAUCGGUCAGUGUGAGGUGGACAUCAUGAACCGCAGCACGGUGGCCAUCUUUGAGAUCCUGGAGAAAGCCUGGGCCACACAGAACUGCACGCUGGUGGAUAUGAAGAUCGAGUUUGGCGUUAAUGUGAAGACUCAGGAGAUUGUUCUUGCUGAUGUGAUCGAUAACGACUCCUGGAGGCUGUGGCCGGCCGGAGACCGGAGCCAGCAGAAAGACAAGCAGGUGUACAGAGAUCUGAAAGAAGUCACCCCAGAAGCGAUGCAGAUGGUGAAGAGGAACUUUGAGUGGGUUGCUGAAAGAGUGCAGCUGCUGCUGGAUUCUCAGACCAGCAGCAGGGUGGUGGUCCUGAUGGGCUCCACCUCGGACAUGGCUCACUGCGAGAAGAUCAGGAAGGCCUGCUCAUCCUACGGGAUCCCCUGUGUCCUCAGAGUCACCUCGGCUCACAAGGGCCCGGAUGAGACUCUGCGCAUUAAAGCUGAAUACGAAGGUGACGGUGUCCCCACCGUGUUCGUGGCUGUCGCUGGCCGGAGUAACGGCCUUGGCCCAGUGAUGUCUGGAAACACAGCUUAUCCCGUCAUCAACUGCCCCCCUCUCACUCCAGACUGGGGUGCUCAGGAUGUCUGGUCCUCCCUGCGAAUGCCAAGUGGUCUGGGCUGCUCCACCAUCCUCUCCCCCGAGGCGGCGGCUCAGUUUGCGGCACAGAUCUUCGGGCUGACCAAUCACCUGGUGUGGUGCAAACUUAGGGCCUCCAUGUUGAACACCUGGGUGUCUCUGAAGCUGGCUGACCAGAAGCUGCAGGCGUGCAGCCUCUAAAGUCUGCUG